AUGAUCUCCGACGACGAACUGUACAAGCUGGCCGUUUUUCUGGGCUCUGCUGCAAUGAUCCUUAUCGUCAUAUAUCAUUUUGUCGAGGUCAACACAACCGAUGAGGCGGCGGAGAAGGCACAAAGGACACCGGCGCCCGCAAGCAAGCAAGCAGCGCUGAACUAUGGCUGGGACUAUGGCUUUUCGGGGAUCAUGAAGGCGCCAUGA